UAGUUGUUGUUGAUGUAGAUAGAUACUCCAUAUAUAAUUUCUAGUUCUGCAUUCUCGAUCUCCAUCAUUUAGCCAAACAGUUUCAGAGAGCAUAAUCAACACAAACACCAAGUAUGGUUUCACACCACUCGGACGCAGCAGCGGACAAUUCUAGUUUUUGCGAUAUUGAAGACAGAGAAAAAAAAGAAUCAGUAGAGGGAGGAGGAGAUUCGAGAGGGAGUGAGGGAAAUGGUAGAGGUACGUGGAAGCACGCCGCUUUCCACGUCGCCACCACCAUCGCCACCCCUGCCGCUUACGCUCCUCUUCCCUUCGCCAUAGCCUCUCUCGGUUGGCCCCUCGGUGUGUGUAGUUUGGUGGGAGCUACACUUGCGACUUGGUACUCUAGUCUUUUGAUCGCCUCCCUAUGGGGAUGGAAUGGGAAGAAGCAGACCACGUACCGAGAUCUUGCUGGGAGCAUAUAUGGAUCUGGGGGUUAUUGGUCUAUUGCAUUUUUUCAGCAGGUGGCUUCCUUGGGUAAUAACAUUGCCAUUCAGAUUGCUGCAGGAACUGGCCUUAAGGCAGUAUACAAAUACUAUCACAGUGAUGGUACCUUAACACUGCAGCAUUUCAUUAUUCUUUUCGGGAUCUUGGAACUUUUUCUCUCUCAGCUCCCAAACAUCCAUUCUUUGAGAUGGGUAAAUGCACUUUGCACUCUAAGUACCAUUGGCUUCGCGGGUACAGCCAUUGGUGUCACCAUAUACAAUGGUAAGAAGAUUGAUAGAGAAUCAGUUAGCUACAGUUUGCAAGGAAGCUCCUCAUUGAAGAUGUUUACAGCAUUCAAUGCCCUUGGGAUAAUAGCCUUUUCAUUUGGAGAUGCUAUGCUUCCAGAAAUACAGAGUACGAUGAGGGAACCUGCAAAGAAGAACAUGUACAAAGGUGUAUCGACAGCUUAUGGCAUUAUUGUUAUGACUUACUGGCAAUUAGCUUUUUGUGGCUACUGGGCAUUUGGAAACGCUGUCCAGCCUUACAUUGUGGCUUCACUUACUACUCCCGAGUGGACAACCGUUAUGGCUAAUCUAUUUGCCGUUAUUCAGAUAUCAGGAUGCUUUCAGAUAUAUUGCAGGCCAACAUAUGCAUACUUUGAGGAAAGAAUGCUGUCAAACAAAACAACCAGCAGUUUGCCUCUUCGGAACCAUAUUAUCCGUCUCCUAUUCACUUCAAUCUACAUGGCUCUUAUAACUCUUAUCGCUGCAGCCAUGCCUUUCUUCGGGGAUUUUGUUGCUAUCUGCGGAGCUAUUGGUUUUACUCCACUGGACUUUGUCUUCCCUGUUUUAGCAUACAUGAAAGCCGGAAAAGCCCCCAGAGACACGAAGAUUCGGUAUUCGCUGAUGAUCCUUAAUCUCGCAAUUGCUACUUGGUUCUCUGUUGUUGCGGUGUUGGGCUGCGUUGGUGCGGUGAGGUUCAUCGUCGACGAUGUCAAAACUUUCAAGUUCUUCCACGAUAUGUAACAAUCCGCGCGGAUAGUAUUAGAAGUGAUACGCUGCUAUUUGCAGUUUUGCUAAACAUGAUUUCUUGUAAAAUUGGUUAUUGAAUUCAAUUGUCAUAUUCGACAAG